AUGAAAGAAGAAGAAACUGUCAAGCAGUAUUUAGACAGAAUAAUGGCUGUAGUUAACAGCAUAAGGCUCUUUGGUGAACAAUUUGAUGAGGCAAGGAUUGUGGAGAAGGUGUUCUCUACCUCACCAGAAAGGUAUGAAGCAAAAAUAUCUUCCUUAGAAGAUUCAAGAGACCUAGCAAGCAUCUCCUUAACUGAGCUCAUCAAUGCCCUCUAUGCUCAGAAGCAAAGGAGAGCUAGCAGGAUGGAGGAGCACCAAGAGGGUGCUUUCCAAGCAAAGACCAAGUCUGCUUCAAGUUCCUCAGCCUACAAAGGCAUGAAGACCUCGAAAAACAGGCCUAAGCCUGGUGCUGCAAGAGGAAGAGAUCAACUUUGCAGAUUUUGUAAAAGGCCUGGUCAUCCAGAAGCCAAAUGCUGGUUCAGACCAGAUGCUGGCAGACCUGGCCAGAAUCAAACACAAUACAAAAAUGCUGAAGCUCAAGUGGCUGAAGACAGUAGUGACCAUGAAGAGCAGGUCUUUGCUGUUUCAUGCUCAGCUGGCCAAAAGAAAGGUUCAAAAGGCUGGUUGUUGGACAGUGGCUGCACUGACCACAUGUCACCUGAUGCAACCAUCUUUAAGACUUUGGAUAGAAGCUGCAAGACCAAAGUGAAAGUUGGUAAUGGACAGUUCAUAAAAGCUGAAGGAAAAGGGGAUGUGCUGAUAUGCACUCCUACAGGCAAUAAAGUCAUCCAAAUGUGCUACUAG